AUGAGACUAUCGCUGCCAAUACAUGUCCUUUUUCUAUGCUUCAGCACCGCCGCCGUCGCUGGCCCAGUGGGAUAUGGAGUGUGCCAGGCUGGAUGUGCAGGCGUGACGAUGGCCUGCUAUUCAGCGGCUGGAUUCACAUGGGGAGCCACUGCGGGCGCAACAGCACCUGCAACCAUCGUUGGUUGCAACUUGGCUUUCGGGAAGUGCCAGGCAGCCUGUGCGGCGGUGUUGCUUAUGCCAACCCCUCUUGACGUUGACGUUGUUUGA